ACGUACUUGGUAUAAUUCGUAAUUUCGUAGUAGUCGAUCUGCACUGAUGACACUUAACUCCUACGGAAGCCCGGUACUUACUUAACUCCCUUAACUCCUGCUCAAACUCUACCGAGUUAGUAUUUGUAAUUGAACUCGAGGUUAAACUGCACACUGAUAGAAGUGGUUAGUAUUUCUGUUGACGACUUGUGCAGCUGUACAGUUCGAAGCGGGUUAAGAUUUUAAAUAAAUUACUUACGUUUUUGCGCUGGUGGACCAAGUGUGUAGAAAAUAUAGUACAAGUAGUGUGUACAAAUACUCAACUGAUUUCAACUGAGCAAAAAAGAGCAAGACUUAUUACCUGUGUCCAAGCAUGAGUCCACUCAAUCGUGGUCCUAUUAUGGGUCCGAGAGCUCCACAACCAACCACGAGACAGAUGUCUAGGUACGGACGAGGGCCACCACCACCACCGUUGCCUGGCAUGUCCCGUUUGAUGGCACCAGUGGUGGCACCACCCAUUGCUUUGUUCGGAUCACCUCGAAGCCGGCACAUCCCUCCGAUUCCCAUGAUGCCCAGACCGAAUCACAUGCCACCCCGCGGAGUAUCAAUUUUCGCGCCCGGAUUGCGAGGUCGACCACCAGUACCACCCAUGCAUCCUAUGUCGCUGAUGCCUCCCAUGCCCAUGAGAGGGCCCAUGGUUCCACCACAUCCUUUAAUGCGACCUGGUCCCAGGGGUAUGCUUCCUCCGCAUGCUCUGCCACACAUGAGGCCGAGACUCCCGAUCAUCAAUAAACCCAAAAAUAACACCUCUAAGAAGGACAACAAAUUUGAGGACCUUGAAAUGAAAAAGCCGUGGAUGACCGACGAAAUCCGGAGUGAAAUUCAAAAGAAAAAUAAAUUGUAUGCUAAAGCCAAAAAGAACAAGAAUGCCAAGGAGUGGGAAGAAUUCAAAGAUUUAAGAAAUAAAGUCACUCGCAUGAUAAGGGAUGCCAAAAACGAAUACCUUGCAAAACACCCUGAACAGGCGCAAUGUUACGAACACGAACCUGAUUUUGCGUACGAUGAGAUGGAAGACAGCAAUGACGAAGAAGAGGACAAUAAUGAAGAAGAAGAAGCAUGUUUGUAUUGUGAAACGUGUGACAGAGAUUUUGCGUCGCAAGAAAUUUUGGAGCGUCACGUUCAAGAGCAUCAAACCUGCAAAAUCGAUGGUUGCACGUUUACAGCUCAUCCAAAGAUUGUAGAGAAACACAUCGCUAUGCAACACGCAACAGGCCUUUAUGAGAGAAUGAAGCACGUGAUGAGCGACGGCGAUAUCGAAAAAUGGAAAGCAGAGAGAAAAAAGCGGUAUCCUAUGGCUACCAACAUAAAGCUUGGGAAAGCGGAGCAAUUAGAAAAAAGGAAGCGUGGAGAAGUUGUGGGGAAUCACAAUGAAAAACAUCGACGUGAUACCGUCAAAAAAGAGCAGACUCGAAAAAGUUUCAAGAAAAGGCGUAAUAGGCAAUGGAGAAAUCACAUUCCCGAGAAAUCAGUUGUUAACAAAGAAACUUACAGAGGCUUAUUGCCUUUUGCCGGCACUGCUAUCUUGGAUGAGACGCAAGGGUCAAGCGAUGAAUCUCUAAAAGAAGAAACUGUGGUAGAUCAAAAAGAAGAAGCUGUGAUAUGUAAAGUUUCAGAAAUAAGUGACAUCGAAAUUUCCGAUGAAGAUCAACGAAAUGUGACAUUUGAUAAGAAAGAAUUAAAACCAGAAGUUGGUACUUCUAAAGUUUUAAGUUUAGUAGCUGAUUAUGGAAGUGAAUCUGAUGAUGAGCAACCUGAGGAACAACCUAUUAUAAAAUACAUGGUGCAUGAAGAAUAUAAAGAUUCACAAAAAGUAGAACCAGAAACAGGAUUAGUUGAAAAAGUCACACAUGCCAAAAAAAAUGUAGAAGUGAAAAAUAGCUCUAGUAUCUCUGUUGGUAGUAAAAAAAGAAAUACUACUGACAAUGAAAGACAGUUUAAUAGAUCUCAAAGUCAUAAUAGCACAAAAUAUUCUAACAGUAGGUUGAGAUUACUAAAUAAAUUAUUGGCACGGUCUAUACAGCACGAAAGGAAUGCUAUUUUUCAGUGCAUCACGUUUAUAAAAAAUAAUAAUUUUUUAGACUGAACAAUUGUGAAGGUUUUUUAAAUUUUUAUGUAAGAUUCAUGUGAUAAGAAACGACGCUUACUUAUUGUUGAAUCUGUUUUGUACAAAAAUAUACUAAAAGAUUUAUAUCUUGAAAAUAUCAAUGAUGUGAUAGGUUGAUAAUUACAUAAAGUAAAGUUAUUUACGAUUUUUAUUCCGUCUUUUAUUAACAAAAUACAAUAUAAAAUAUUUCAAAUAUAACUAAUACGUAAACAAUAGUGUAGUAACUGUACUUUUUAUAAGUUUGAGGACUAAGUUAAAUAUAAUUUCACAGUGGUUAACUUGUGUCUUGAAUAAAGUAGUUUGUUAUACUAAUUUUACAAUAAAUUUUUUUUUUCGUACAUUAGUUAUUCAAUGUAUCAAGAAUUUUAUAUAUCUAGAGCAUAUCACCUUCUUCAUGACAAAUCAGAGUCGCGCUAGCCAAUGACUACUGGUAUUUCUAGCUGACUAAGAAAAAAUGGUUAAAAAGUUCAUUCAAAUCUGCUAAAAAAAUUUACAUGAUUAUGUGUUGUCAGUCAAUUUAAAAAAAAAUAAAAUAACGAUUCUAACAGAAAUUUAAAUUCUAGUUUAUAUUUGAUAUGCCAAAGUUACAGUUUUCCAUACUGUUUUUAUCUACAGUUCAUGCGACAACACUCUUUAAACUCUUAUUCACACUAUU